AUGUCCUAAGGAAAUUAAGAUCCACAACUUUAAGCCGAACAAAUUGAUAUCAUUCGAAAGAAACCGAGUCUUAAGUUUCAGCCUGUGGAGAAUUAUCCAAAAGACUAAAUUGAAAUCUAGAGUGUUAAAAACAAUAAGUUAGAACCUAUUUUUUUCCAAGACCCUAGAGUGGAAGAUAAACAUUGCCUAUUAGAAAUUAUAGUGGUUAAAUAGAUAGAAUCCAAACAAUUGGCCAAAUCGUAAACUCGAUAUUUAUUUGAUAUUAUUUAGAAUUCAUUCGUCUCAUUAACUGGGAGGAGUGUUUUUAUUUAUAGUAACUGCAAUCAAACUACUCGGCUUAAAUAAAUUUACUACUAUCUCAUUUACAAUAGCCAUUUUGAUCAUAAUAUCGUAACAAAUAAAUAUUUUACAAUGAGUUCUCUACUUUGGAUUUUAAGUGUCGCCAUUGGGACGAUUGGAAUCAGAAGACAAAAAUAUAAUCCUCUUAUAUUCUAUUUUCUGGGAAUAUUUGUGUCAUUUACUAUUGAGUUUUCGAGUACUAUUGUUAUUUUGGCAACAAAUCACAUUGCUGAUCAUUAAUUAGGGAUUUAUAACAAAAAUGGACUAGUCAGGUUAUAAUGA